CAGAAAAAAUUCCGCAGCCAGAGCUUGAGCGGAGAGGACGUGGUAGCACUGCAUAGGCUUCCCCCAAGCUUUCCACACACCCCCACCCUCUCUCAGCCUGUGCAAUCCAAAUCCUGCAGUUAGCAAUCGAUACUCCUCGCUGCAACUGUUGUCUGCUUGCACUGCUCUUUAAUUUUGGCAUUUCCCCUCCUGCAAACCAUGUCCGCUGAUGUGGAAACGUUGCCUGUUGCUCCUGCCGAGGGAGAGGGGCAGAAAAGUCCGGCCAAGAAGGCAGGCUCCAAGAAGAAGAAAUCGGGUAAGGGCAAGAACCAGCAGGGCAAGUACAGCGCCCUGCUGGUGGAGAUCGUGCAGAGGCUGGGAGCCCGCAAUGGCUCCUCGCUGGCCACCAUUUACAAGGAAGCUAAGACCGUGCCCUGGUUCAAUGAGCGCCAGGGCCGCACUUACCUGCGUUAUGCCGUGCGAGCCCUGGUCCUCAACGGCACCCUCAACCAGGUGAAGGGUAGAGGGGCGAACGGCUCCUUCAAGAUCAAGAAAAGCGAAACUGGGCAAGCGGCGAAGAAGAAGAAGGCGGCUUCAGCGUCGACCAGCAGCAGCAGCGCCGUGAAGAAAUCUCACAAGAAAGGCGCCUCCAGCAAGAAAGCAGAGAGCAGCAGGAAGAGCCGCCCGGCUUCCUCCAGCAAAGACAGGAGCAAGAGCAAGAAAGGCAAAGCAAAUAAAAAAUCCAAGUCCAAGAAAGCUUAGAAAACGUUAAUUUUUUUUGUUAAGGAGAGGUUUAAAAAUGCAACUGACUUUUUAUAUUAACGUGUCCCCCCCCCCGCCCCAGUCGUUGUAUCACCUCAUUUUGGGGUUAAAUUUUUUUCCGCGUGCCUGUGUAGUUUGUGGUCCCAGUCUGUCGAGAACGCGGGAAGAUUUUCCUCGACGUUGUUUUGUUUUGGUUGAUGCUGUUGGUAAAGUUUGACUGACAUUUCGCCUAUAGUUUUUUGUAUUUUUUUUUAAAUUGUACAGUUUGUGUUUUGUUAUCAUUAGCUCAGCUUGAAACAGGUUUAAUUAAAAAAGAUCAUGAGACCCAGAACUUUCGGAUGAUGUCGAAAUGUUUUAUGAUUUAGUGCGGAUAGGAAUUUGUUCUUUUGUUGCAUUUUAUUUCUGAAGAGGCGGCGUGCAAGUUGAAAACUGCAUGCAAGUUUGUAUCCUGUGCUUUUUAUUUCGGAAUAAUUUGAUUUUUCUGGAAGGGAUGCAAUUUCUUCAGUUAAAGUACGUGUAUUUUUCUUUUAAAAAUCGGGAAAAAUAAUUGGAAAUUGAAGAAUCAUUUCGCACUUCGAAUUAUCGCCGUUUCGGUUGAAGGGUCGUCCUUAAAAACUCAUUUUUUUAAACAUUGGAGGGGGAGCGCACUGGUUUGCUGAUUGCCUGGCAACUGUUGCCGUUGUGACGCUCGGCCAAUCAGGCUGCUGAAAACGGUGGUUUCAUUUUGGCGGGAGUGUGUUCUGUGUGCUGAUUGGUUACUUUUGAAACCCGGAAGUUCUCCAAAUUGCAGAUUAUGCUUUGGUUUUUUUUGUUUUGUUAAAGCACCCUUUUGGUUUUCCUCCCCAAAACCAAAUCGUAAAUGAAGUUCGGGGCGUGGAGAGGGUUGUUUUAAAAUAAAGCGAACUUGGACCUGAUGUAAAAACAAAAGGACCAAAGCUGAGAAUUAUGUUUGCUGUUCCAGCCUCUGGAUUUGUUUGUUUUUUUUAAAAUGGAAUGGAAAUUGAAUCAGUAUUUGUCGUUUGCAGAAUGGUGCUUUAGACCUGGCCCGGCUUGGCUCUGUUGGGUGUGCAAAGUGUGUGUGAUGCAUUGCAAGACUCGCCAUGUGCCUUUUUUAUUUUCGGGUUCAGAUCAAUUCGGUUAUAAUGUGGGAUGCCAUCUUGCCCCCCACUCCUGUCCCCCUUCCCAGGGGAAAGCAGCGUUCCUGCUGUUUUCUGUUUUUGUUUUUUGUUUCCAAGCGAAUUUCUUUAUUGAGAGAUUUGUAUGAACAUGUGAAAACCGUGGAAAUGUUUAAUGCUAUACUUCUGUAAACCUAACAACGGUGUAGUCUACAUGCAAAAAUGAAUAAAUGUUUUUAAAAAGUCAA